AUGCAACCUCACCGGCAAUUCUUCACCUCACUCAAACACCUCGAGAAAAGACUAAAGCUCGAGAACCACCACCACGACCCACCACCCGCCGCACCUCCACCGCCGCCGCCGCCCACAGAUCCCAUCACCACCGCGCCGCAAUCAGAAUCCCUCGGCACCCCAAUCUACAUCAAUCCCAUCCCCUUCGCCAGCACAAACCCUUCAAACCCCCAAGACAGCGAAGCCCCACACGAAUUCCUGACGGAAUCCUCCGACCCACCUCACCACGUCAACCAACCGACCGCCGACAAAACAGCCGGCCCGGCCGAAAAAUCGAGUCUUGACCACGACAUCGAUCGCCUGAUGCAGCUCCUGCGCCUGUCGGAGACUGGCGUGAAGGAAGGGGCUUGUAACGUGGGCUGUGACGAUUGGUUUUGCAGGAAAAUUGUGGGCGCGAAGGGGCCGAAGAGUGCAGAGGAGGCCGAGAGGUUGGAGGGGUGGAUUAGGUGGUCUAUUGAUGGUGAGAUUAAGGAGCCGUUUGGAUUAGUGCAUUUGCUUUUGGGCAAGGCGAGUAUUGUGCAGUCGGGUGAUUAUGAUGAGUUUGGUGGUUUUGGAGGGUUUGUUUUCCCGUCCACCAUUGAUGAGUUCUUGAGGAAUGAUCCGCCAGUGGAAUAA